UCUAAUGUCAAUGUCAUAUAACGAAUACAACUCUAACCUUAAUUUUUCUAAUUUAUUUUCAUAGGAUAAAAUGAGUAGGAAUAAAGAGCUUAUUUCGAAAAUUGGCUUACGUUUAGAUGGUAGAAGGGCUAAUGAGUUGCGGCGAAUUCGUUGUAAGUUAGGUGUUUUUACUGAACCGGAUGGAAGUGCAUAUUUGGAGCAAGGGUUAACUAAGGUUUUAGCAGCCGUUUAUGGACCACAUCAGGUCCGUAAUAGAUCAAAAGCUCAACACGAUGCUGCUAUAGUAAACUGUCAGUUCAGUAUGGCCGUGUUUUCAACAAACGAAAGGAAACGUAGGCCUAGAGGUGACAGAAAAUCUACAGAAUUAUCUAUGCACCUACAACAAGCCCUUUUAGCAGUUAUAAAGAUUGAAUUGUACCCUUGGUCUCAAAUAGAUGUCUAUGUGGAAGUUUUACAUGCUGAUGGAGGUAUUUAUCCUGCCUGUGUUAAUGCUGCAACGUUAGCUCUCAUAGAUGCUGGAAUUCCUAUUAAAGAAUACGUUUGUGCUUGUACGGCAAGUUUGGCCAACAACGACAUUCCCAUGUUAGACAUCUCCCAUCAAGAAGAAGUAAUGGGUGGUCCAACUUUAACAGUAGCUGCUUUACCGAUAUCUGGGAAGAUUGUCUUGAUGGAAAUGUCGCAGAGAUUUCAUUUGGACCACUUGCAAAAAGUGUUAGAGAAAGCUUUGCAGGGCUGUCGCGACAUUAAGCAGAUAUUAGAUGAGGCCGUAAGGCUGCACGUGAGGGACGUGGGAUGUUCAACAGGGUGGGCAAAUACCACUAGUUAAGAUUUUGAUAAAAGAAUACAUAUAUU